UGGGUCAUCAUGCCUUCUAAGAUUAUGUUUUGAUCCUCCACCCUGUGAAGUUGCACACUCCGCUCAUGGAUUUAACAAUGGUGGAAACUCUCCAGCCAAUGUUUACAAUCCAAUGCUUUCAAAUACAUGUUGAGAAGUGUGCAAGUGCACAUUUUGCGAGAAUUAUGUAAAAUUUGGCUGGAUGGAAUUUUCACCAUAUGUCUUCCACCUUUCCAAUUGUUUCAGAUGUAUAGAAGUGCCUAAAGUGUAGGGGCUAGGUGUUGAUUAUAAAUUCUGAUUUCCUUUCUUGCCUGUUGAUUGCUGUGGGUUUUUAUAAUGUCCAGUUGGUGGCAGUAAUGCACAUUUUAUGGGCUUGCUAUCUUUCAUGAGUCACUUACUAAGUAAGUAGUAGCAGAGACUGAAGAGGAAGUGAGAUGUUGGUGCCUAUGGGAGUGUAAACCAAUAGGCCUAGAACUGCUCUGGGGUAAAUGAAGAAGACAACUCCAAGCUGCCUUACCUCAUGACUUUGUGACAUCAUGGACCCCACUCCUGAGCCCAAGACCAGAGCGGAGGUUUGAAAGUAACUCUGCUACUUGGUCAGUGUGUGUAUCAACAUGGCAGAGGCCACGGACCUGAUCAAUUGUUCGAUCUGUCUGGAUCUACUGAAGGAUCCAGUAACUAUUCCCUGUGGACACAACUACUGUAUGGAAUGUAUUAAAGGCUGUUGGGAUCAGGACGAUCUAAAAGGUGUGUACAGCUGUCCCCAGUGCAGGCAGACCUUUACCCCAAGACCUGUUCUGAACAGAAACCCUCUACUAACUGAGUUUGUGGAGAUUCUGAAGAAGACAGGAAUCCAAGCUGCUCCUCCAGCUCUCUGUUUUGGUGGACCUGGAGAUGUUGAGUGUGACGUCUGUACUCUGAAAAAAUUAAAAGCCGUAAAGUCCUGUCUGGUGUGUUUAGCCUCUUACUGUGAGACUCAUCUCCAGCAUCACUAUGAAUCGCCUGCAUUUAAAAAACACAAGCUGGUCAAAGCCUCCACACAACUACAGGAGAAGAUCUGCUCUCAUCAUGACAAGCUGCUGGAGGUUUACUGCCGUACGGAUCAGCAGUGUAUCUGUUAUCAGUGUGAGAUCGAGAAACACAAAGGCCAUGAUACCGUUUCCCCAGCAGUAGAAAGGAUUGAGAGGCUGAAACAGUUAAGUGAGAACCAGGCCAGGCAGAGAAUUCAGGAGAGAGAGGUGAAGAUACAGGAGGUGAGACAGGCUGUGAAGUCACUCAAGUGCUCUGCACAGACCGCAGUUGAGGAAAGUGAGAGGAUCUUUACUGAGCUGGUCCACUCUAUUGACAAAACGCGCUCUGAGAUGAAGGAACUGAUCAGAGCCCAGGAGAAGGCUGAAGUGAGUCGGGCUGAAGGACUCCUGAAGCAACUGGAGCAGGAUGUAGCUGAGCUGAAGAGGAGAGAGGCUGAGUUGGAGCAACUCUCACACACAGAGGAUCACAUCCAUUUCCUCCAGAGUUUCCAGUCUGUCUGUGUCCCUCCUGGAUCUGAGGCCUUACCCAGCAUCACUGUCAACCAAAUCUCAUUUGAGGAUUUACAGAAAUCAAUAUCUGCACUUAAACAGCGACUGGAGGUUAUAUUCAAGGAGGAAAUGGCCAAGAUACCUGGGAAAGUGCUGAUGCCAGCGACCAUAAGUACAGAGGAAUAUGGUGUCCAGUUUGUGGAUGAGCAAAGGUCUGAGCUCAUUCAGAGGGUAACCAUGGUGAUGCCUAUAGCAGAUGAACUUCUUCAGAGAUGCAUGCUUCAUAAAGAAAUGUAUAAUACUAUCCGUGAUGCCAGGCCCAGCCAGGAACAGAUGAGACUGCUGUACGAGGCCCUACACUCAGGAGGCUCUAAGGUGAAAGCAGCCUUUUAUGAGAUUCUACGGGAAAAACAACACUAUCUAGUCAAUCUAGCAACAAAUCUUCAUGAUGUUCCACUCCCCGAACCCAGGAUCAGAGAAGAGUUCUUGAAAUAUUCCUUACCGCUCACAUUGGAUCCUAACUCAGCUCAAGAGUGCCUGUGUCUGUCUGAGGGAAACAGGAAGGUGACAAAUAUUGGAAAGGCCCAGCCCUACCUUCACCAUUCAGACAGAUUUACCUACUUCGUCCAGGUGCUGUGUAGAGAGGGUCUGUCUAGAGCCAGCUACUGGGAGGUAGAGUGGAGUGGGGAUUCUGUUAAUGUAGCCGUCUCAUAUAAAGGAAUCAUCAGGAAAGGAGACCAAUGGAAUGGCGUCGCUGCAUUUGGACGGAAUGAUCAGUCGUUGAGUUUAUACUGCUCAACCUCUAGCUGUAAUUUCAUGCACAAUUGCUCUACAACUGUUAUCACUGUCCCCUGCUCCUCCAGAGUUGGCGUGUACCUGGACCACACGGCAGGAACUCUGUCCUUCUACAACGUUUCUGACACAAUGACUCUCCUCCACAGAGUCCAGACCACAUUCACUGAACCUCUUUAUCCUGGGUUUACAGUUGGUCAUGGAUCAUCUGUGAAGAUACUGACACAGUGAUAGAAGUAAUGGAGCUUUCAUAUUAAACUCGGUAUGGAUUUAAUCCAUAACAUUGUUAUUUCUCUUUUUUUAUAAUCUUGAGAAGUUCUGAAAAAUAUGCUUAAUGUCUCUGCUGAUGGAGUGCUGCUGUUUUCCCCAGCUCUGACAUAAACAAUCUGUUAUGUCCUGACUGCAAAUCUGAUGAACCAGGGUUUGUUGUAUAAACACAUGCAUGCUGGCCUCUGUGGGCUGAGGAAAAUAGUAAGCCAUGAGAAACUCAAACAAGGCCUAGUUCCAGUUUGGCAGUUAGCUCCUACCCCUUCAGUGUGCACAAGUUUGACAGGACUGGAAGGAUGUAAGCAAUAUGGAGGAUGCUUCACUUGGCCUAUUAGAAAAGCACAUGGAGUCAUCACCUAUCCCAUUCUUUUAGAUCUGCAACACCAAAAUGUUAGGGAAAGGGGAACACAAUGGAAUCAGGCUUAUACAUACAGUAGGUUACAGGAUUCUGUCAACACAAAAUCAAAUAAAAUGUUGUCACAUCUGCCGAAUACAAUGUGUAGCCAUUCUUGUGAUUGUGAUUUUGCCAUUGUAAUUGUUUGUAAACUUGUGUAGUUAAAUUAAUCUAUGAUCGUAUGCUAUCCAUUUGUUUGUAUGCUGUUCUUUGUUUGACAUUUUAAUAUUUGAUUAUUAACCAAUGGUAUUAAGCCACUCUUGGCCAUGAUUACAGACACCUGUGUCUUUUGACACUAUAUAAACGAGUCAUCCCGCA